AUGGGGAGGAAAAAGAUUCAGAUUCAGCGGAUCACAGACGAACGCAACAGACAGGUGACGUUCACGAAGCGGAAGUUCGGUCUGAUGAAGAAGGCGUACGAGCUGAGCGUCCUGUGCGACUGCGAGAUCGCCCUCAUCAUCUUCAACCACUCCAACAAACUGUUCCAGUACGCCAGCACCGACAUGGACAAGGUUCUGCUCAAGUACACCGAGUACAACGAGCCGCACGAGAGCCGGACCAACGCCGACAUCAUCGAGACUUUGCGAAAGAAAGGCUUUAACGGCUGCAACAGUCCAGAACCGGACGGGGACGACUCCAUCGACCAGAGCCCGCUGGCCGAGGAGAAAUACCGCAAGACGGACGACCUGGACAGCCUCUUCAAGCGCUACGGCGCUCUGAACAAGAAAGAGCACAGGGAUUCUGAGAGCCCAGAGCCGGAGGAGCCCUUCUCCCUCACCCCACGCACUGAGGAGAAAUACAAAAAGAUUGAUGAGGAAUUUGAUAAAAUGAUGCAGAGCUAUAGGCUGUCAUCUGGCGUGCCGCAGCCCACCUUCUCGAUGCCAGUGACCGUCCCCGUGUCCAACCAGGGCCUGCAGUUCAACAGCAACAACCCCCUGGUCACCACCACCUCCUUCAUAAGCUCCGCCCUCACAGACCCCCGCCUCCUGUCGCCACAGCAACCAUCCCUGCAGAGGAACGCCGUGUCCCCCGGGCUUCCACAGCGGCCGGCGAGCGCAGGUACGACCCAGCACGGGCGGGUUUUGGGUUUAGAGCUCUGA